CCGAAGUGCUGUAUUACAACACGCAGUGUGUAUCGAGGAGAACCUCCAAGUACAAAAAGACAAAGUCAAUGAGAGCAGUCACCUGCUGGGGUCGUGUUCCUCCGUGUACAGAAUGACGAAUACGUAUAAAGAUUCAGCCACAGCAAACCUGAAGGAUGAGGAUGAAUUUACGGAUGUAUUAGAGGAGAGGAGGCGCAGCAGUGAUCUUAGCUAUGCCCUGAGGACGUUUACCCCCCAACUGUACAAAGGAGCCCCACCCUGCUCCACCUCUGACCUCAACAAAGCUGUGCUGGAGUCCCACUAUCUGCGCUAUGUUGCUAAAGAGAUUGCCAUGGAGACGGGGUCAUCUGUGGAGAAGGUGCGAGAAGAGGCCUGUGGGAUUUUGGAGGAAAUGUCUCAAAACCUGCAGCUGGGGUUUAUCAGACUGAUGGCCUACACUGUCAACAAGGUGUUCAAGAGAGUCUUCAGAAGCAUCUAUGUCAACAUGGAAGGACUCAGCAUGCUCCAACAAGCCGUCCAGGAGAGUCCCGUGAUCCUGAUUCCCAAUCACAGGAGUUAUAUGGACUUCCUGGUUAUCUCCUACAUCCUGUUCACCUACGACAUCCCAAUACCUGUCAUUGCUGCAGGAAUUCCUCUGGCAGGGAUGAAGAUUGUUGGAGGGAUUCUGCGCCGCUCUGGAGCUUUCUUUAUCCGACGAGCGAUCGGCUCUGAUAAACUGUACUGGGCGGUACUGACAGAAUACGUCCGAACAAUUGUCAGGACAGGAUAUGCUCCUUUAGAGUUUUAUGUAGAAGGCUUCAGGAGUCGCACACUGAAGUCUCUGGUGCCAAAGCUUGGUAUGAUGGACAUGGUGCUGGAGCCCUACUUCAAAGGUGAGGUAUUCGAUGUCACGCUGGUGCCCAUCAGCAUCAGUUAUGACAGAGUGCUGGAGGAGUCAUUGCUCGCACUUGAGUUACUGGGUGUCCCCAAACCCAAAGAAAGCACCAUGGGACUCUUUAAGGCUAGCAGCGUUCUGCAGGAAGAUUACGGCUGCAUGCAUGUGAACUUUGGCCGCCCCCUGUCUGCCCGACAGCUGUGUGAAGGAAAGAUAAAUCGGAGCGAGUACAACCUCAUACCAAGAGAUCUUCCUCAGAGGCCCACUCCAGAGACCCAGGGCUGUGUGAACUGGCUGGCUUGUUUGAUUGUAAGAACCCAGGAGGAGGGUUCUCUGAUCAGCCCUUGGUCUUUGAUGGCCUGCCUGUUGCUCCAGGCUCCAGUCACAACUUUAACAGAAGAGGGCCUUCAGUGGCAUGAAGUCACAGAAAAAACCCUCUGGCUCAGGAAACUGGCGCUGGACUUUGGGGCUCGUCUGAACUGGCCGGCAAACAUCCCAGAUGCUGAUGUGAUGUCAUCCACCAUGGCUCUUCAUCACUCCAUUGUCCAUCAUAAAGCGGGCCGUGUCUACCUGGUUCAGGAGGAAGAGCCAGCGAAGCAACAUCCACUCAGUCCAGAGGAGGAUGUGAUGAGGACAGCACCAGCGAUGCUGAUGCUGGUUUCUUAUAGGAAUCAAGCGUUACAUGUUUUUGUGCGUCCAGGAAUGCUCGCAACUGCCAUACACAUCACAAAAAGUGCACAGAGGGAUGAGCUCUUCACCUUCUUCUGCUUCCUGCAGGAUGUCUUCUCCAAUGAAUUCAUCUUUAUCCCCGGCAGGGCAUCUCAGGACUUUGAGGAGGCAUGUUCAUUCCUGCAGAAAUGUGGAGCAGUCCUCAUCAGUCAACAGGAAGUGACCGUGUCAGACACAGGGCUGGAAGUGCUGUCCUUUCUGCAGAAGCUGCUGCAACCCUUCUUAGACUCAUAUCAGCUGAUGUUCAGGUUCUUGUGUGAAGAGGAAGAUUGUGUGUUUACUGAGAAACGGGUUCUACCUGCUGUGCGAAACCUGGCUACAAAGCUCAUCCUCUCAGGUGACCUUCACACGUUUGAAGCCCUUUCUUCUGAUGUGCAGAAAAAUGUCUUUUCGGCCCUUCGAAGGCUGGAGGCAGUGACAAAGCUGAGGGCGUCCGAGCAGAACGAGUACAAAGUGAACAAAGGAGCUGUCAGAAGAAUUGGAGACAUGCUCUCUGGGAAAAUCCCUCCUGAGAGGCUCCACGCUACACCUGACGCAAGACUUUAGUGUCAGCUUCCCUGUCUACUCCUUCCUCAUCAUCAUCCCGCCUGUCUCUUUAUGCCGCACGCAGUACAAGUGCAGUCUGAGCUCAGAGGCAAAAUACUUGAUCCCGGAUGCCAGCCAGACUUAAUCUAUUGAAUGUUGGCUACUUCUGUCUUUGCUCUCAUCCUUUUACAGACCUGACAGGGCUGAGAUAAAGCCAAACAGCCCUGCAGGAUAAAUGUUGGUGACCUAAAGGUGGCCUACUGCUGAUUUAGUUUGACUUCAACUAGAAUGAGUAGGUGAACAGCGACAUUUUGAUAACCCUGUUUUCCAUUGCCAGUCCUGUGGAUUAAGAUAAUGCUAAUAGAUUUAUUUUUUUAAUCAUAUUGCUGUAGAUUUAUUGUUAAUAAAUGUCUGAACAAAUGAACAAGAUAGCACUUUAAAAUAGUUUGUGAGAUUAAGGAGUAAAAUAAU